AUGGCGGCGGCGGGUUGGCUCCGACGUGCGGCGGCGGCGACGAUGCCUCGCCUGCCUUCCGGACUUCCCCUCAUACCUCCUCCUCCCCCCGCCCCUCUCACCGAGGCGCAGUCUCUCGUGGUCCCCGGCCUCGGCGCCGCCGCCGGGCCAGCCAUGGAGCUCAUGGCCGUCCCUAAGAAGAAGGUCUCCAAGUACAAGAAGGGUUUGAGGAAUGGACCCAAAGCUUUGAAGCCUGUGCCGGUGAUUGUUCGUUGCAGGUGCUGCGGCCGAGUGAAGCUACCUCACUUCUACUGCUGCAGCGGAGAAAGAGGAAACCCAAGCGAGUCAAGCUCAUAG